CUUCCUACUGCGUCUUUAAAGCAAAGUGGUUCUCCUGUUUCCGCGUCAGCAUUUGGAUUUCCCAUAAGCAGUCUCUCUGAGUUUCGGAAAUGGCGCAGCAGUUUGUGAAGGCUCAGAUCAAAGGCGACAAAGUGGUGGUGUUCAUUAAGCCCACUUGUUCGUUCUGUAUCAUGGCUAAAGAUGUUUUAUCCAAGUACAAGUUCAAGCCGGGACACAUCCAGUACAUAGACAUAAGCUCGCGCAGCGACAUGGGCAGCAUCCAGGACCACCUACUGGAGCUCACCGGGGAGCGCACGGUUCCGCGGGUCUUCAUUGGCGAGGAGUGUAUUGGAGGCGGGUCAGACGUGGCGGCUCUUCACAGGAGCGGUAAACUAGAGGGCUUGCUGCAGGUGGUUGGUGCCUUAGAGUGACAGACUCCUCUCCUGAAGGGUUUUCGGGUGUCUCGGAGUGGGUGCGGUCACAUGACUAUGCAGCGGGACUUGCGUAGUUUGCGCCGUCGCUGCUGGUAUUCGCUGAGCUCCUGCAAGUAGCCCCGGGAGGGCCAACGCAACCUCUCCACCUGCUCGCGCUCCUCCUCUGGAACACACGGAAACACAGAGAGCUGAAAACACAGCUAUGAUAUGAUACUUGCAUAUAGUAAAUGCUCACAGUCACACAAACAGGAAUAAUUAAUGUACAAAAAAGGAUUUAAAAAUGUCUGUUAUAUAUAGGCCAAAGUCGCCGUCCAACACUGCUAUGCAAACAUAUAAAUAUGUGUUUAUCAAUGUUUUUUGUGGUACCUUAAAUGAAAUAAACCCAUUCCAACCAAUCUCUGGUUUCCAAUAAGCCAUUAGCAGAAAGAACUGUGCUGCCUUUUUAGUUUUUCUUCACAAUUACCAACUAAAUAACAAUAAAGCUUCUUCCACCCUCA